UUGAAGGCCCAUUUGUCACUAUAAUUGAACAGCCAAAACAGCGAGGUUUCCGCUUCCGUUAUGGCUGUGAAGGGCCCUCGCAUGGUGGACUACCUGGAGCAUCUAGUGAGAAAGGGCACAAGACUUAUCCCACUGUCAAGAUCUCUAAUUAUACUGGACUGGCUAGGAUAGAGGUGGACUUGGUGACGCAUACAGAUCCUCCACAAGUGCAUGCUCAUAGCCUUGUGGGAAAACAGUGUAAUGAAGCCGGCAACUGCAUUAUGAUGGUGGGCCCAAAGGACAUGACUGCCCAAUUUAAUAACCUAGGUGUGCUCCAUGUGACUAAGAAAAACAUGAUGGAGGUCAUCAGAGACAAACUUCAGACGCAGAAGAUGCGAAACCGAAUACAGCCUCUAACAGCAGAAUCUGAGCAAGAAUCGAUUGAACAAGAGGCAAAAGAGCUGAAGAAGACAAUGGAUCUCAGCAUUGUUCGUUUACGCUUCAACGCCUAUCUUCGUGAUAGUAGUGGAAACUUCACUUUAGCAUUAAAUCCAGUUAUUUCCGACCCCAUUCAUGAUAGCAAGUCUCCUGGAGCUUCCAAUCUAAAAAUAUCUCGGAUGGAUAAGACCGCAGGCUCAGUGCGCGGUGGAGAUGAAGUAUAUUUGCUGUGUGAUAAAGUCCAGAAAGAUGAUAUUGAGGUGCGUUUUUAUGAAGAUGAUGAGAAUGGUUGGCAGGCCUUUGGAGAUUUCUCCCCCACGGAUGUGCAUAAACAGUAUGCCAUUGUCUUCCGUACUCCGCCUUAUCACAAGACAAAAAUAGAUCGUCCAGUCACUGUGUUCCUUCAGCUGAAGCGCAAGCGAGGGGGUGAUGUGAGUGACUCCAAGCAGUUUACAUACUACCCAGUGGUAGAAGAUAAGGAGGAAGUAGAAAGGAAGCGUAAGAAGUUCCUACCGCAGUUCCCCCAGCACUUCGGUGGUGGUGCGCCUAUGGGUGGUGCUGGUGGCGGAGCCGGUGGAUUUGGUUCUAAUGGAGCUGGUAGUCCCUGGUAUUCUUCAGGAUACAGUUCAUAUAACAACAGCAUCUACCUAUCUGGAUCGCAUUCUAUGGGCAACUAUCAGGGUGGAAGAGGUAUCCAGAUGCCCAGAGCUUCUAGACCGGAAGAUAGCGAACAUCAUUCUUCAGAAGAUGGCAGUGAUUAUAUUGAACUACUGCAGCAUGCUCAGGAAUGCAGUUCUUGGAUGCUAAUGGUAGCUCGACGCAGUGCUCAGGCUCUUUUGGAUUAUGCAGUUACUGGUGACCCUCGUAUGUUGUUGGCAGUCCAAAGACACUUAGCUGCUUCUCAGGAUGAAAAUGGAGAUACGCCUUUGCACUUGGCUAUUAUUCACGAGCAGACAACUGUGAUUAUGCAACUGGUCCAGGUGGCUGUGAGCAUUCCUAAUCAACAGAUCAUCAACAUCCCAAAUCACUUACAGCAGGUUUUUUUCCUGUGCAUCUUGCUGUGAAGUGCGCAAAAUCAGCCUCUCUUGAGUUGCUAGUUAACAAAGGAGCGAAUGUGAACGCAACAGAAUGGCAGAGUGGACGGACACCUUUACAUUUAGCUGUUGAAAUGGAUAAUCUUAACAUGGCUGCAUGUUUGAUAAAGAAGCUGGGAGCUGAUGUAAAUGCUCAGACGUCUGCUGGAAAUACACCCCUUCACUUAGCAGCAGGUUUGGGUUCUCCAAUCCUUACGAAGAUGCUAAUCAGUGCAGGAGCAGAUAUUUUAUGUGAAAACGAUGAGCCCAUUUUAGACCCUUCAUCCCAACCCAACAGUGACAUUGAACUGGAUGAAGAGGAAUGGGACACAGAACUGGGAGAGACUUAUGGUGAACUGACCAUGCAAGGCCUGGAUUAUAUUCCUGUGUCGGAGAGUGAGCAGCCCAAAACACAUGAAACAAAUCACGGUCGGGGACAUACCCCACUUGAUUUGACUUGUAGCCAGAAGGUUAGAGAGAUACUACUACAAGCUUUAAAACAGGAUGUUGGAGAGAAGCAGGCUGGUAUUUCUUUUGCAUCUAACCAAGGUGGGUAAAUCUGGCAAACUCCCACUACAAACUAAUCAACUUGCCUGACUUGAUGUGUGCAAAGUCAUUUUGGAUACCUACUUGCUUCUGAUUAUGGAGAGGGCACUGUUCUAUUUU